CCAGGCCACACUCUUGACGAGUGCUCAUCUACUUAUACAUGCCAAAGGUGCAUGCAAAAACAUCAUACACUGUUGCAUGACAGUCUUUCUACGCAACCCAACAAGGUUGCUACUCAUCAUACGCGUUCCGAUUAUUUAAUACAGACACCAAACACAAAUGAUCUCACAUCUGUUCUGCUUGCAACUGCGGUUAUUGGAAUACGCUCUCCCACAGGGCAUGAACUCCAACUGCGGGCGCUUCUGGACAAUGGAUCACAGGCAUCUUUUAUCAGCGAGUUUGCAGUUCAACAACUACACCUUCGCAGAGCCCGUCUUCAAGUACCCAUCACCGGUAUAGGCGGAUGCCAACCCGAGUUCAACAUCGAUUGUUCGGCUCUGGUCCUGCCCCGCUUGGGACAUCUCAUGCCGUUAAAACGUGUCGAUCCAAAACCAUAUUCGGAGUUUCUCGAUCUGCCAUUAGCCGAUCCAAACUUCUUCGAACCAGGGUCUAUUGAUGUCAUCAUCGGCGCAGACCUCUACGGUCUCCUUUUGCGCAACGACAUCAAACGCUCUGCCAUCAACAAAGUUACCGCACAGAAUACUCACUUAGGAUGGGUAAUCUACGGGCGUCUGCCCCACACAUCUACACUACUCCUGGCCACCACGUUUUGCGCUACAGCCACUACUGAGCUCAACAAUUUGGUUCAGCAACUGUGGAAGUUCAAUGAAUGUGAGGACGUGGAAGGCUCAUCCUCAAUGACGCAAGACGAAAUUUACUGCGAGAAGCUAUUUGAGCGUACAGUGUGUCGCGAUCUUUCCGGGCGCUAUCACGUUCAAUAUCCCUUUAAGGAGUCCUGUGACCUUGCUGCUCUAUCCGAUUCUAAAUCAGAUGCCCUUCGACUAUUCGCAUACCAACAAGCGCGCCUUCAAAACAAUGCCACACUGAAUGGAAUGUAUACAGCGUUUAUGGCUGAGUACAGAAAUCUUGGUCAUAUGGAGCCAGUCCCAUCUGACGAUAUUGCGCAUCCAGUAUGUUACAUUCCUCAUCAUGGUGUGUACAAAAAGGGUAGCACUACGACGAAGCUUCGCACUGUAUUUAAUGCUUCAAGGAAAUACAAAGGUGGCGUUUCUCUAAACGACUGUCUUCAUGUUGGACCCAAGCUGCAGAGCGACUUAAGCUCCAUCAUUUUAAAAUGGCGAAUGCAUCGAGUUGCGUUCAUAGCGGACAUUGAAAAAUGUUAUCGCCAGAUUUUAGUCAGCAGACCUGAUGCUGAUAUGCAGCGGAUUGUCUGGCGUGACGAGCAGGGCAAGCCAGCCAUUUACCGGUUGCUCACUGUAACUUACGGCUUAAAUUGCUCGCCCUAUCUCACCAUUAAGGUUCUGCACACGCUUGCUACGGAUGAAGAACACGAUUUUCCGGCAGCAUCAAAGAUAUUAACGGAGUCGUUUUACAUGGAUGAUUGCCUGCAUGGUGCCGCAACCGUGGAAGACGCUCUGAAUAUUCAACGCCAGCUACAACAGCUUUUGCAGCGCGGCGGAUUCAACCUUCGGAAGUGGAUGUCCAACUCUACUGAAUUUAUGGGACAUCUGUACACUGAAGACGAAAACCUUGGGCUGUCCCGCAACUUAAAUCUUGAUAGCGAAACAAACGCUCUCGGAAUUUAUUGGCUGUGCGACACUGACAGCAUCGGUUACAAGACAAACGUAACACCUAUCAUUGGAGACAUCACAAAGAGGCAGCAAUUGUCCGAUGUGGCCAAAAUCUAUGACCCGCCGGGUCUACUAGCACCUGUCGUAGUUAAAGGUAAAGCUAUUUGUCAGCAGCUGUGGUUAUCGGGUGUCGAUUGGGACGAUCCCAUUCCUGAUCCAUUUCAACAAGAAUGGCGACGCUUUAGAGCCGAAAUGCCUCAAAUAAGAGAACUCAAAGUGCCCAGGUGGGUUGGAGCUGAGCCCAGUGUAUCCAGUUACCAACUGCAUGUAUUUUCUGAUGCCUCUACUGUGGCAUAUGCUGCUGUCGCGUACCUUCGUGUGGAAACUUCAGGUAAAGAUGUAAAAAUAUCAAUUCUAACCGCUAAGACUAAGGUGGCACCACUGAAGAAGAUAACCAUCCCGUGUUUGGAGCUAAAUGCUGCUCUACUCGCAGCGAAAGUAGCCGCUAAAGUGCUGUCAACACUGCAACUACCAGCGAUUCGACUUUACUGUUGGUCGGAUUCCAAAACCACGCUCAGCUGGAUUCGAUCAAAUCCUGGUAAACACAAGCAAUACAUCAGCAAUCGUCUAACUCAAAUCCAAGAGUUAACACCAAUCAAUGCUUGGAAGUAUGUACCUACUACAACGAACCCAGCCGACAUUGCAUCCCGGGGUAUUUUCCCGUCUCAGCUCGCAGGGUUGUCGCUGUGGUGGCGGGGACCUUCGUGGCUAAAUCGUCACUCAAGCACCUGGCCUGAACAACACAACGGUUCGACAGAUCCAGACGAAGAAUUAGUUCUCUCUCUAGUGACGAUUCCGGAAGAGUCCAAACCAACCAUGCUCACGACAUUGCUUCAAGAAUACUCGAAUCUCAACAAGCUAUUGGCAGUCACAUCUUGGUGUCAGCGUUUCCUUGCCGCACUGAUGAAGCGACCCCAUGAAACAACUCUAUGGUGCACUGUGACCGAAAGAACCGCGGCCUUGCAAUUCUGGAUAAGCAAACCGAUUUGCCAGAAGAGCAAGCUCCUCAAAUUGAACCCAGUUUUGGAUGACGAUGGUAUUUUGCGUUUAAACGGGCGGUUGAAGAACGCAAACAUGCCUUUCUAUGAACAGUUUCCAUGCUUGUUACCGAAACAGGAUCCUCUGUGCACGUUACUGAUCAGUCAAGCGCAUGACUAUACGUUGCAUGGCGGCGUUCAAUCGACUCUCAACUUUAUAAGAAGAAGAUACUGGAUUAUUGACGCUCGUUCGCCAAUCAGACGAUUCAUUCAUCGUUGUAUAAAAUGUUUUCGUCACCGAGGUGUUCCCUCGACCCAAAUCAUGGGAAGCCUUCCCACGCAUCGCUGCAACGCAGCAAAACCUUUUAGUCAUUGUGGUCUCGAUUACGGUGGACCGUACCAAAUUCGUAGCGCGAAAGGCAGAGGCCAUCACAGUUACAAGGGCUAUGUUGCCCUAUUCGUAUGCUUCAGCACCCGAGCAAUUCAUCUGGAGCUGGUUAGCGACUUGAGCACUGCAGCGUUUCUUGCAGCCCUUCGAAGAUUCUUUGCACACCGUGGAUACAGUUCGGACAUAUACAGCGACUGUGCUACAACGUUCGUAGGAGCCGAUGCGGAACUAAAAGCAGAUCUGACCAGCUUUCGACAACAGCUUGAGGCGGCAGCACGGUACGUGCCAACUUGGGGAGUAACAUGGCAUUUCAUACCACCUGGAUCUCCAAAUUUCGGAGGCAUCUGGGAGGCGGGUAUAAAAAGCAUGAAACAUCAUUUAAAGCGCAUAAUUGGCAGCGCGAAGCUAACAUUUGAAGAAUUUUAUACUCUUUUAAAGCAAGUGGAAGCAGUGCUUAACUCGAGGCCGAUCUCGGCACUAACAGAAGACGCAGCGGACUUAGCUGCGUUGACCCCUGGACAUUUUUUGGUGGGCGGUCCGUUAGUUGCUACUCCCGAACCAAGUUUACUUGAUGUUAAUCCAAAUCGACUCAAAAGGUGGAAACAGCUUCAACAAAUGCAACAACAUUUCUGGGCCCGAUGGAGUUGUGAGUACCUGCGAGAACUACAAGUAAGACGCAAAUGGCAUCAAACUAGCACCAAUCUAGCACCCGGAGACUUGGUCUUAAUACGCGACGAGCGCGCUCCUCCCACUCAGUGGACGUUGGGUCGUAUAAUAGACGUGCAUCCAGGAACUGACGACGUUGUCAGAGUGGCAACCAUUCGUACGCCAACUUCCAUUAUCAAGCGAGCCAUAUCAAAGUUAGUACUGUUGCCUAUGGAGGACACCUGAUGUCUUUACGGUGGGCGGCUGGUCCCUUAUUUCGUCGCAGGACCUGGACGAGGUGGGCGGAAUGUUACGACUGAAUGCAAAGCUGGUCAAUAAAAUGCUAAUAUGGCAACCCCGUUACUUUUGACAUUUGCUUUUCCCAUAUGUUGCGCACCCGCUUUUUCGCUCUCUUUUUGCUUUGACUUUUUCGCGAACGGACGUGCCGCUGCAGAAUAUAAUUAGAAUAUACAAAAUUAUAUACUCUACAAUAUA